GUCCUUCAGUGCUCUCUGUCACAGCAGCCCCCCCUGGCUGUGCGGCACGCUCGCCUGCUCACACUACCGGCAAGAUAAAACAAGCAAAACCCUGCUAGGAUACUGCUGGUGGGAGAGGGGAAAGCAAUAAAUUCAGGGUAAUCCAGCAAACAGAAACAAGAAGACACAUUCAAAAUAAUUGGAUAACACUCUGCCCCGGCUUACAGGUGCAGCAGUCUGCAGCAUUUUGAAGAACCAGUGCUUGUCUGCAAUACAACAGUAAAGAGAUAACCAAGCGCUCUCGUAGUAACAUCCUGUGAAGAUGAAGCGAACCCAGUAUCGCGCUCGCUCCAGACGCAGGAACUCUGAAUGCGGGGACUCGGCCAGCAGUGAGACAGGGAGAGCCAAACGGACAGUCAAGGAGAGCGACCCCUCAGAAGACACUGGGACUAUCCUGAGGAACCACAAGAGAGGAGCCGGGCGGAGCCACAGGGCAGGGGGUGUGGCCACAGGGAAGGGCAGGGAGCUCUCCCGGGAUGACCUGCUUUUUCUGCUCAGCAUGAUGGAGGGGGAGCUCCAGGCUCGCGAUGAGGUCAUCAUUGUCCUCAAAGCACAGAAGAUCGACUUGGCUCUGCUAGAAGCCCAGUACGGCUUUGUGACCCCACAGAAUGUCUUGCAGGCCCUCCAGAGAGAUGCCAUCCAGGGGAAGGCCACAGAGUGGCAGGAAGACAUUUACGAGAAGCCUGUGGCAGAAUUAGACAAGGUGGUGGAGAAGCAGAAGGAGACACACUGGCGCAUGUUAGAGCAGCUGCUGCUUGUUGAGAAAUCCCACAAGAAAAGCAUCUACGAGCUGGAGGACGAGAAGAGGAAGCACACGGAGUACAUGCAGAAGAGCGACGAAUUCACCACCCUGUUGGAACAGGAGUGUGAGAGAUUGAAGCUACUUACUGAACAGGAGAAAACCUACCAGGCACGAAAGGAGAAAGAGAACAACAAGAAAGUGGGCAAACUAAAGGAGGAGCUUACCAAGCUGAAAUCCUUUGCCCUUCUGGUGGUGGACGAGCAGCAGAGACUUUCCGAGCAGCUCACACAGCAGAGCAGCAAGGUCCAGGAACUAACAGCCAGCACUGCCCAGGCCCGGGAGAAGCUGAGUGCUGCCCACGCCAGGGCACAGGAAGAACAGCAUAAAGUCUGCUGUCUGGAGGCUGAGCUUCAAGACCAAGCCAACCACUUCCAUCAGGAGAAGGAGGCCAUGACUGCCAAGUUGACCAAUGAGGACGCCCAGAACCGGCAGCUCAAACAGAAGCUGGCCACUCUGAGCAGGCAGAUUGAUGAGCUGGAGGAGACCAACAAGACACUGAGGAAAACAGAGGAGGAACUCCAGGACAUGAGGGACAAGAUCAACAAGGGAGAGUGUGGCAACUCCGGUAUGAUGGCUGAGGUGGAGGAGCUGAGGAAGAGAGUGCUGGAGAUGGAAGGGAAGGACGAGGAACUCAUCAAGAUGGAGGACCAGUGCCGGGACCUCAAUAGAAAGCUGGAGAAAGAAUCUGGACAAAGCCGGAAUUUGAAGGGUGAGGUGGACAAGCUGAAUCGCAGGAUCAUGGAGCUUGAAAAGCUGGAAGAUGCUUUUGGUAAGAGCAAGCAAGAAUGUGGCUCGCUCAAGUGCAACCUGGAGAAAGAGAGGUCAGUGACCAAGCAGCUGUCUAAUGAGUUGGAUUCUUUAAAGGUGAGAAUCAGGGAGCUGGAGGCCAUUGAAUCCCAGCUGGAGAAGACAGAGCUUACACUGAAAGAGGACCUCAGCAAGCUCAAGACACUAACAGUCAUGCUAGUUGAUGAAAGGAAAUCCAUGGCAGAGAAGCUGAAGCAGACAGAGGAGAAGCUCCACUGUGCCACAGGAGAGUUGCAGACAGAACAAAAGAAGGUGACAUCAGUGACUGAGAAGCUAAUUGAAGAGAGCAAGAAAGCCCUGAAGUCCAAGGCAGAGCUUGAGGAGAAGAUGUAUAGUUCUACCAAGGACAGAGAUGAACUGAUAUCCAAAUUAAAGGCAGAGGAGCAAAGGGGAAAUGACUUGCAGUCUAAAGUUACAAUGAUGAAAAAGAGGAUGCAGUCCCUGGAAGCCAUGGAAAGGGAGUCUUUGAGGAACAAGGCCAAGCAGGAGCACAUAAAGGUUCCUCUAGCCACCCACUUAGACCAAGAUGACAAUAAAGUCAAAGAUUUAACACAAGAGGUGGAAAGACUGAGGCGUAAGCUGAAGGAGAUGAGGGCUGUGGAAGAUGACCUGGUGAAAACAGAUGAGUUUGAAUCUCUGGAAAAGAGGUACACCAAUGAGCAUGACAGGGCAAAUGCCCUAAUUGAGGAGCUGGAAGCCUCCAGACAGGAGUUAUCUAAAUACCAGCUAGCAGAGAAGGCAGAGUCCAACCAGGAGCACAUACUCUACAGACAGCUGAAAGAAGAGGAGGCCAAGUCCAGUCACCUCACAAGAGAAGUUGAAGCUCUGAAAGAAAAGAUACAUGAGUACAUGACAACUGAGGACUCAAUCUGCCAGCUGAGAGGAGAGCAAGGCAUGAUGCAAAGGAAACUGACACAGCAGGAGAGCAAGAACAAAGAGCUGGCUCGAGAAAUGGAAAACCUCACCAGGGAGCUAGAGAGAUACAGGCGGUUCAGCAAAAGCCUGAGGCCCGGAUUGAACGGCAGGAGGUUUUCAGACCUGCAGGUCUUCUCCAAGGAGGUGCAGACAGACCUGUCAGACAACGAACCCCCUGAUUACAAAAGCUUGGCUCCUUUAGAACGUGCUGUGGUCAAUGGAAAAUUGUAUGAGGAAAGUGAUCCCGAGGAUGAUCCCAAUUACAAUGAGCAGCCUCUCACCAAAUGCAACGCAUCAGUUGUCAACAAUGCCAACAACCUUAACAACAACAGAAAGACGAGGGUGCCCUGGGGGAAAGUCAGAGAAAGUCAUCACCCUCUGAACGGUAAAGUGACACCAAGGCAAAAUGGGAAUCGCAUGCAGCCAAGGGAUCUGGUUCUUACUCACACACCAGGUCGGCCCUUGCAAAUCAAAGUGACCCCGGACCAUGGGCAAAACACAGCCGUGUUGGAGAUCAGCAGCCCUACUUCAGAGAAUGCCCACUCUUACACAAGUACUGCCGUGAUCCCCAACUGUGGAGGUGUGCCCAAGCAGAGGAUAACCAUUAUCCAGAAUGCCUCAAUCUCCCCUGCAAGAUCUAAAGCCUCUCCCACUUCUGAUGGAUACUGCACCCCUGAAAGGGCCAUCUCGCCACUCACCAUGGCAACACACUCCAGAGCAAUAACCCCAGACUCAUGUGGCUCCAUAACCCCAGACAGGGCAAUGUCACCCAUCCAGAUAGUGGCCCUCACCAACGGUUCUUCAGAGCGAUCCCUAUCCACGGAGCCGGUGGAGGUCAGUGCCGGACACACAGUAUUCCGGGUGACACCAGAGAGACAGCAGAGUUGGCAACUGCAGAGGUCAAACAGUAUGAGUCCCAACAUCAUUACCGCUGAGGACAACAAAAUCCACAUCCAUUUAGGGAGCCCCUAUAUUCAGGCCAUUACCAACACAUCCAAGCCCAUGAGACUCUCCUGCCCUUCUGGUCAGGAGAACAGAACUCAAGUAUUAACAAACGGCACACCCGUUAAGUCUUCCAACAAAAUCACAAGCAGCAUCACAAUUACACCAGCAACCUCCCCGAUCCCACGGCCUUCACAAAUUACAAUCCCAGCAGAAGCAUUCCGGCGCCCAGGUCCAACUAGGAUUCCUAAACCGAAGGCUUGCAGUACGAGAGUACCGUCCAGCACAACCAGUACUCCUUUCAAAUCUCAGCCUCAACAAGUGAUCCAGUCAGGAAAAAGCCACUUUAUAAAAACUGUACCUGGCAACCUAAAUGUCACAAACCAGAAAUAAUGAACUGUCCUUAUAUUUUAUUUGAUUUGUGUGCAGAACAGAAGUCUGUAGCAACCCUUGCCAAACCCACUCUCGCAAAGUUAGGUUAAAUCAAUUUAUUAGCAUUUAUCAUGAAUCUCUAAGACACUUCAUCAAAGAAAGAUGGAAUGCUAUUUGUAUUACAGUAUGUUACUGGAAUGGUUUUGGGCUCUUAACUUACCAAAUGAUAAUGAAGUUAAUGCUAAACGAACGGCAAUACAAUUACCAUUUGAUUGAACAUUACACAUGGAACCAUCAGAGCCAAGGAGCUGUGCUCGGGUAUUUUUAUACAAUCCCCCAUACUUAAUAUGCCACCUGCAUGUUGCCAAUAUCAGUCAUAGCUAGGAUGCUAAUCUGUACAGACCUGCUCUUACCUUGAAAGAUUGCAUUAAAUAUAAAGUAUUUUUGCUGGAUGUACAGAAAAAUGUAUGAUAAACUUAAAAAAUGUAUAUAUUAAUACAUUUCUGGGUUUUUUGUGCUUUUUUUAUUCGUUGUAUUUAAAACAUAUUGUUGGUUUAUUUUGUUGAUGUAUUAAACCGAAAAUGACUCAUAUUGAAAGUGUAUAAUAGGCUAGUUAUAUUAAGCAAGUUUACGUGAUGUUCUCCUGUGCUUCGAGCUAAAAGAGUUAAAGGUACAUAGUUAUUGUUUAGAGACAAUAUUACAUGACAAUAUUGGGAGUACUGGCUGGUAGGAGCACUCACAUUAGUCCAGGGUAUCCAAGGUUCACUAGAAUUUGACAGAUCUAUUCACAACCAAUCACAAUACAAAGAACUUCUAAGAGCAUACAAAGCAGCAUCCGUCAGGUGACCCACUUGCACCCAAUCAUUCCGGAGCUUAGGCGAUAGGAUAGGAUAUACAGAUGGGAAAGAUAUAAAGAACUGCUAAGAAUACACUACUCAGCCCUGUCAAAUGGAAAGGUUGAGACGUAGCACUUUCGCUAGAUUCAAUAAGCAGAAUGAAGUUUGUUUUCAUUGUACUCAGGUGCACACUAUGUGGAGGUCUAUGAGUAAUUCUAGAUUAAAAGGGGAACUGUACUCAAAAUAACAAGGCUCUCUAAAUGCCCUGUAUACAUAACAAAUGUGUCUCGCUGCGCUAAUUUUGUUUAAAAAGUCAAGCUUUUGGCCAGUAUUUCAAUUUUUUUGUCAGCUUUCUAGGUCAGCUGGAAAUGCAGGCAGCCGCCUUAUUGGAACCUUUCUGGCGCCGCUGUUACAUCAUAUCGUUGACAGCCACCCACACCAGUGAACGCUGGCAGGGUGAAUUAUUACAAAGCAUUUGGGUGCAAAAAUAACAAAAGGAAAAAGAGUAACUAAAGGUAUGUUUGUGUGCCUAAGCCUUAAACCAACAAAGGGCG